AUGCAAGCACCAAAUUUUAAUAAUAGACUUGUCAAAGAACCAUGGGGAUAUUGCCAAAUGAACUACAUAGAAAAACUCAAAGAGAUAUGCCCUUCAAAAAUAGAUCCAAACGCUUCAACAAAAUCUUCCGAAAAUCAUGCACAUACUUUAUUGAUGUCAGCAGUCACAUAUGGCUCUAAACAGUGUGCUGAGUAUUUAAUCAAGAAUGGAGCAAUUGUUGAUAAAAAGAAUUUUUAUGGAUACACAGCAUUACACUGGGCGGCAUAUUCAGGAAGAACAGAAUGCGUUGAUUUAUUACUAGAAAACGGUGCUAACAUAGAAUCUAAAACAGGAGACGGAAUGACCCCUUUCCAUAUUGCUGCCUUAAGAGGUCAUCUUAAAUUUAUGGAUUACAUUGUUAAGAAAGGAGCAAAUCCUAAUGCUGUAAACAGUGAUGGCUGGACAGCUAUGCAUUAUGCGUUAAUCGGAAAUCACCGUCCUGUUGUUGAAUUUCUCUUGAAAUUGAAGAUAGAUUAUAGAUCACUUGAUGUUAACAUGAAGACUAUCGAUUCAAUUGUCGAAGAAUACGGUCGCUCAUGGUUUAAUGAUUUAGCAAACAAAUAA